AUGUUUGAUCCCUCUAUUGUGCACUUUAAGGUGAUCUGUCGACCUGCUCCAAACCGCGGGAAGGGAGUAGGCUCUGCAUCACUUCGUCUGCAAGAAGUCACUACAAACGCCUACUUUGUCUUCACUGAGGGGAUUUUCGACUACGAAGAGACACGAUCUGCCAGUGUAGAGAUCAUCUGCUCUGAUAACGCGGACUCAUUCAACACACGCGAGCGAACUCUACGCAUCACUGUUGCUAUCGGCGAUGCUAAUGAUCACUAUCCUGAAUUCGGUGUCACAGAAUUCCUCGCCAAAUUGCCGGAACAUUCUCCAAAAGGAAAGAGGGUUGUUCAAGUUACAGCCACCGAUGCGGAUUCUGGAAUUCACGCUCGGCUGACCUACUCUCUCGUGAGUAGCGACAGUGGUCGCUGCAGCGUUCAGGAGAUUUUCAACAUUGAUAGUACUACAGGGGUAGUUACUGUAAAGAAUAGUGAAUGUCUGGAUCGUGAGACAAAUGAAGAAAUUGAAGCUUACGUCGCUGCAGAAGACGGAGGUGGUCUUUCAACCUCAGUGAAGCUGCGCAUCCGUCUUAUGGACCUUAAUGACAACAGUCCCUUAAUUGAGGUUCCGGAUUCUUUGAGCGUGACUGAAAAUCUUCCAGCUGGUGCGGUUGUUGGUAGGGUGAGAUGUACUGAUGCAGAUGUUGGUUCAAAUGCCGAAGUUCGUCUUGAACUCUCUUCAAAUAAUACCCAACAAGUGCGCAACGCUUUUGACACCAUAAGUGAGAGUGGAAAUGCCAAAAAUUCAUAUUCAUUCCGAGGAAAAGUGAGAGGGAUGAGUGAAGUCGUAGGUUUACUAGUGACAAAAAAACCCUUGGACCGAGAAGACAUUGAAAGCUACACUAUUUACUUUGUAGCUACAGAUUCAGGAAAUCCACAAAGAACAACUUACAAGAGUGUGCAAGUACUUGUUCUGGAUGAAAAUGAUAAUGUUCCCACAUUGAGGUUCCCUCAGCUUGACACCACAGUUGGAUAUCAUCCUCAGGUUUACACUAACUCUCCCCAUGGCUCAAAGGUGUGCGUUCUGCGUUCUUACGACCCAGACAAGGGUGAGAAUGGGACUGUGAUCUAUGCUCUACAACGUGACACCAAUGGCUCCCGUUAUUUUCAACUGGAUCAGACUACUGGAGAGCUCACCACAGCCUGGCAUCAUAGGGGUCCACUUCCAGGCGUCUAUGCGGUCAGAGUUCUUCUCUACGACAUGGGUCAAAGUCCCACCAAAGUUGCAUGGAACUUUUUUGUAUAUAUCAGUCCCAGAAAUCCCCUUCUUGAUUCGGUCCAUCUAAGCAAAUCGUCCUCCGCCGGGCGGGCUAGUAAUAUCACAGCCCUGACCAAGUCAAAAAACCGAUUAACUCACACCACAGUUAUCAUGAUCAGCGUAGCUGUGCUGAUCGUUCUCAUUCUCCUCAUCAGUUGCAUCUGUAUGGUCAAGGUUCUUUUGCGUUCAAGAGCCAAAAGCAAUCACCAAAGCCACAACCAGCGGCAAGCUGAUGGUGGAAUAAAAGAACCCUCCACUGGCAUGUAUUCACCGCCCGCUUUAAACAUGAUAUUUACACAAGCAGCCCCUUUAAUCGACAAUGCUAUGGCAAUAGACAACCUGAAGCACACCUUUCCCACGCCGAGUCACUCCAGUUGGUGCAUGAAGCCGUUUGGACAAAAUGAGGUGGUCACCCAAGUUACGCCGGAUGGGGCCCCCGUGGACGGGUCGGCUGGCAGCAAUUACCUUUUCGCCUCACUCCAGACCGGCUGCAACACAUUCUCCAGAGGCGGCUACUCCGCUCUCUGGCAGAACUAUCCAAUCUCCUAG